CUCACAGUACGAAGGAGCUCUACACCGGGAAAAGUUUACCUCCAACUAUUACACUUGGCUUAAAAGAGGGAGAAACAGCAGAGAUGGCGACUGAAGCGCGGCAGCUGCCCCAUCUCCACCUGGCUGAGCUCACCGCAUCGCAGUUCCUGGACAUCUGGAAACAUUUUGACGCAGACGGAAACGGUUACAUCGAGGGAACGGAGCUGGAGGACUUCUUCAAAGAGCUGGAGACUGCAAGACGAGGAGCAGGCGUGGAUCCUUCACAUGCUGGGUUCAAAGAAAACAUGAAGGAGUUCAUGGCCAAUUUUGACAAGAAUGCUGAUGGGAGAAUAGAGCUGUCAGAGCUGGCUCAGAUUCUGCCUGCAGAGGAAAACUUCCUGCUCUGUUUCAGAGAAUUUGUGCAAUCCAGUUCUGAAUUCAUGGCCGCCUGGCGGAAGUAUGACACUGACCGGAGUGGAUACAUUGAGUCAAAUGAACUGAAGAGCUUCCUGUCUGACCUGCUGAAGAAAGCUAACAGAAGCUAUGAUGACAAGAAGCUCAAUGAGUACACACAGACAAUUCUGAGGAUGUUUGAUCUUAAUGGAGACGGUAAGCUGGGCCUCUCUGAGAUGGCAAGCAUCUAACCAUUUUUUUUUUUACUUCUCUCUCCUUUUACACAGGGCAUCAAGCUCAAAGUUGCAGAAUUUGACUCCAUCUUCACCUUCUAUGAUAAGGAUGGUAACGGGUACAUCGAUGAGCAGGAGCUGGAUGCUUUGCUGAAGGACCUCUGUGACAAGAACAGAAUGGAUGUGGACUCAUCAGGACUGGGGGGAUACAAGAAGAGCAUCAUGUCGCUGUCUGACGGGGGGAAACUGUACCGCACUGAGCUGGAGAUUGUCCUCUGCCGAGACUCUAUGCUGUGACCUCCCUGCCUGGGCACCCGCCACCCUCCCCUACUAUCUCCUCCUUCCUACCUCCUGGUGCAUGAUCCAUAACUUCACUACAACACUUAGAGUGAAAACAAAAGUGCUCCUGAAAGCACAAAGUUUACUGAUGGUCCUGCUGUGUUAGCUUUAUAUUCCUAUUCCAGGCAUUUUUUUUUACUUGUAGUUCCAUAGUGUAAUAUAUGGCAACGACUAGACUAAUACGUAUAUGUGUAUUUAUUUAUUUGACUUACCAUUUUAUUAUGCAUUUAGAUUUUUACAUUUAUUCCAUAUAUAAUAUUUUCCUCCCUUACUGAAUUUAAAAAAGAAUACUUUUGCUCAUGGAGCAUCUGUUCAUUUAUCGUAUUUAUUUCUAUUUAAUAUGAGCUUGUUUUA